AUGUCGAUCACCGACGCUCCUGCCAACGAGGCCACUGCCUCUUCCUCGACCGCAACCAAAAGCAGCGGCAACGGCUACUGCACCUUUUGCAUGCUGGCCGAGUUUGACAUCGAUCGCGGUUCCACCCUUUCUCACCAGUAUCCCGCUCCCACCGGCUAUGACGAACACAUGCUCGCAGAGCUCAUGCUCCCCGACGGCGUCCACGCAAGAACAGAGGACUGGACCUUCUUCUUCCUCAAACCACCAGAGUUCCAACGUGCUGCCCUUCACGAUGCAGCUGACGACCCCGAUACCUCCCAAGCAGCCGCGUCCAUAGAACCAUCCUCUUGGCUAUCAGACGAUCUCACCUACGUUAUCAACCUAGUACGCACAAAGCACGAUACUACGGUACGCCGUGGAGCCAUGGUCAAGGCUAUGGCCAUUGGCACGCGACUCCCCUUCAUCGAGAUCUUCAAGCCGGCCCUCCUGCUCGCGCUCGACGACUACUUCAAAGAUCCCGGACCUGACUGCUUGGCGCGCCUCUACGAGUCGAUCAAUCGUCUCGAUCUCUCGGCGGCGCCCUCCUUUACUCGUGCCGAAAAGCUCGUGCUCCGCGGUUCCGAUCGUCGUGACUUGUUCGAAGAGCGUUUUUCCGCUUCUUUUCGCGCAGAUGUCGAGCCAACGCCAGCAAACAACGGCACAGCAUCCAUGUCGCCCAUCGAUCCAGUAGAAACAACGCGUUCCUCGCUAACGAGCGUCGCUGGUCCCAGCGGCCUUGAGACGACCCGGCGUCGCACUGACAGCACCUCCACCUUCUCAUCCGAGACCAAGUCGCUCAAAAAGAAGCUCAGUACUGCUUCCUUACGUCCAUCCCUUGGCGCGCGUCGAGUCUCCUCUGCCAAUUCAAUCGCUGGCACGGCAGGCAAUCCAGACAGGAAAUCCAACCCCAACUCGACCAGCCCGCUUCCUGGAUCAGCAAGACCUCGUGAUACCCACUUUUUCGACACGGUCCUCACUUAUCGCAACGUUCCCUUACCCGUUCGCGUGCCUCUUACCGCCUUCCCCGAGGAGGUGGGCGAAUACUCGCUCAUCCGCCUCAUACAGACUUUCUCGGGUCCACAGUCCGCGCCCACGGGUCCCGUACAUCCUCACCUGCACACCAACGGGCCGUCUACGCAUCCCAUCAUCGUCCUCUUCAACGCUCUCGUCACCCAGAAGCGUGUCAUCUUUCUCGGCUACGGACAACCAGCUCACCAGGUGGCCAGCUUUGUCUUGGCAGCUUGUGCCCUCGGUUCCGGUUGCGGUGUCGUACUGCAGGGUUUUGCUGCCAGAGCCUUCCCUUACACCAACUUGCUCAAUCUCGACGAUCUCGAAAAGGUGCCAGGCUACAUUGCGGGAGUGACUAACCCCCGAUUCGAAGAUCUGCACGCUUGGGACUUGCUGCUCAACGUUGAGACAGGCCGGAUCCAGGUCGCCAAGGACAUUGCACCUGCCUCGCAACCUGCCAGCACAUCGUCGCAGGCGUUGCUACGGUCCGCGACGCUCCCUCGCGAAGCAGCCGGCGUCUCCUCGUCAACCACCUUCGGAAGCUUCUCAUCUGCCAGCGGUCUCGACAACAAGGCGACGCCAGACGCAGAGCUCGCCCAAUUCGGUGCUUUGCCAGCCGUGUCUUCCGGAGGAGCCGUCUCGAACGCACCCGUCUCGGGCAAAGCGUCCAGCCUGGGUAGCGCAGCAUCUCGCGACCGAUCCAAUGCAUCACAGUACGACCCGCGCUCCGACACGAGCAACGCCCUCUUCAUGGAGGAGCUGCAGAGCGCCAUCACAGCCCACUACGGUGAGCGCUUCAUCCGCUCUCGCGUUCAGGAGUAUGUCUUUCUCUUUGUUCAGCGAGUGGCGCGACACGAGGAGCAUUUCUACGGGCGCACCUCGUUCGCACCUACCUGCCAGCCUUUUCUCAACGGACAACUGGGCUCAGGCCCAGUCUACGUCGACCGCGACGCAGAGAUGCGCGAGAUCCUCUCGAAUCAGAUGCGCAUCGAGGGCUUCCGUUCCACCAUUGCCUACCAUCUGCUUGUGGAAGAGCUGCAAAGGCAUGAUGGUUAUACGCAAGCCGUCCGCGGCUUUGAUCUGGCGCACCAGAUCGGAAGGCUGCGUAGAGCCAGGAAGCUGCACGUCGGCGAGGCCGACUUGAUCUUUGACACCAUCGCCAAGAGUGUUGUUACGCACGAUCAGAUCGUCGAGGUGCUGGCAUUGCUGCCGCCGCACACGGGAGGCCUGCUGCCGUUGGCGCUGGGGCUGUUUCAUCCUUCCCAGGCUGCAAGAGAUGCCGUGGUGGAUUUCUUCCUCCGACUAUGCCGCCAUCCGGUCGGGCGCAAGUUUGUGCAAAGCAUGCACACGUACCACCGGUUGGCAUUUGCAAGGCUUGCUCAGGACCGUGCCGAGCUCGACAUGGCCAAGGCCGCGGCGGCCAGCGGCGAGGUGCAAGAGUUGAGUCUGCGCUCGUCUUCGCAACCAGCCCUACUGUCGUCGUCGCUUGGGUCGGUUCAGACCGUCGACGCGGAGGGCUUGGCGAGUGAGGCAAGGUCGCCACUAGACAUGGAGCAAUCGGCCGUGCACAGGUCCAGGACGCCGACAGAUGGGAUGAAUCAUGGCUACAAGCCUUUCAGCCCGGCCAAGGAGAAUGUAGGUGUUUCAAUGUCUCCGCAGUGA